AUAUAUUGCUUCAAGACCAAGAAAAGGGACACCAUCUCAGUUUGCCUUCCUAGAAUAAAUUGUCUUUUGCUGACGAAGUCGUCUUUCCCACGUGUCAUGAAUAAUCCGUGUAAAUUGGGACUUAAAUAACCAGAAGUCAAGAAACUCGUGGAAUCGUGCACGUUUGUUCUCUUGCCCGUCCUCUCAGCGCUGCCCGUGGAACACCCCUUUGCAGGCGCUGCUAAUGGGCUCAGUGAGUUGAAGAGCUAUCGCUGUGUUCUGUUGUUCUCUAUCUAGCCCAAUGUUCUGCUUUUGUCUGCAGAAUUCUUUGUUGAAGCUACAAGCCCUUGAAACAGAUCUGUGCUCUGCGUUUCUGCCAACCCAGGAAGAAACUCCUCAGCUGCCGGCGCCCAAGGAUCCAGCCCCUUCAUCAGCCCAAACCAGCGUGCAAGCUGAUGGGGCCAGUUGUGGAGAGCCUGUGCCAGCCCACAGAGACUGGCAGAAUGACCUGGAGAGCAGCCCACAAGAACAGCACUCCCUAGGGACCAGUCGACUGCUCUAUCACAUUACAGAUGGAGACAAUCCUCUCUUGUCACCACGCUGCUCUAUCUUCAGCCAAAGCCAGAGAUUUAAUCUAGACACAGAGUCUGCUCCUUCUCCACCAAGUGCUCAACCUUUCAUGAUGCCAAGAAGUUCUUCUAGAUGUAACUGUGAAGAGUGCAAAGAACCACGAACAGUAGCGCAACUCACCAAGCACCUUCAGAGUCUCAAGAGAAAAAUUAGGAGGUAUGAAGAAAAGUUUGAGCAAGAAAAAAAAUACCUGCCUUCACAUGGUGACAAGACUUCCAAUCCUGAAGUUCUGAAAUGGAUGAAUGAUUUGGCCAAAGGUCGUAAGCAGCUCAAAGACCUGAAACUCAGAAUGUCAGAGGAGCAAACCUGUACCUCUAGAGCACCCCAAAGAAAUGAUCAUUGCGAAAGCACUGGGAUCUCUAAAGAGGCUGGGACACAGGAGGCCACGAGUGUGGAACCAGCUCCCUCAGUAGAAGAAACUAUGGAUAGUGUGUUGAGACGAUUAAAGGAGAAAAGACAAAACUUUAACCUUCCUGAGGCUAUUAAGGAUAUGACAAAAAAGCAAAUAGCUUUGGAAAAAAUCAGUCUUCAGAAAUGUCUACUAUAUUUUGAAAGUAUUCAUGGACAACCUGUAACUAAGCAAGAAAAGAGUCUCAUGAAACCUCUUUAUGACAGAUACAGAAUUAUCAAGAAACUUCUCGCAACCCCGUCUUUGAUCACAACAAUUCAGGAGGAGGAAGACUCAGAUGAAGACCAUUCUCAAAGCAGCCGUGAGUUAUCAUCUGGUCCAAUAUCGUGCCUCCCUGUCGAUGAGCACCUCUGUUACUUGCAGGAGGAGAGUGAGCCUGCAUAUGCUUCACCUCUGGACGAAAAGAAAGUUUUCAGGCAAACAGCCUUGUCUAUGUCCAACUUACAUGAGGCAACAAUGCCUGUUCUGCUUGAACAUCUCAGAGAAACAAAAGCGGAUAAGAAAAGGCUUCGCAAAGCUCUGAGAGAGUUUGAGGAACAAUUCUAUAAACAGACAGGAAGGAGCCCUCAAAAAGAAGAUCGGAUGCCAAUGGCUGAGGAAUACUCUGAAUACAAGCACACAAAAGCCAAAAUCAGGCUCUUGGAGGUUCUCAUCAGUAAGCAUGACAUUUCCAAAACAAUUUGAAGGGAAUGCAAUGCCGUGGUAUUGUUCUCUAG